AUGGUUGUUAAGAGAGCUUUCAGUGCACCAGGUAAGGCUUUAUUAGCAGGUGGUUAUUUGGUGUUGGAUUCAAAAUAUGAAGCAUAUGUCGUGGCAUUAUCUUCACGAAUGCAUUCAGUAGUUUCUUUUGAAGAAACCACAGAUCCAAAUACUUCUACAAUGAUAAACGUAAAAAGUGUUCAAUUUAAUAAUGAUCAAUGGGCUUUUAAAGUGGACAAAAAUGAACACAAUAACUACACAAUUAAAGAAAUUAAUGGAUUACAAAACCCUUUCAUUGAAAAAACAUUAUUUAAUGUUUUGAAUUAUUUUGGUGUUAACAAAAGUUAUAAAAUUUCUAUUGAAAUAUUUUCUGAUUCAGGGUAUCAUUCCCAAGAAAAAAGCGUUUUGAAAAUGAAUUCCUAUAAACAAUUUCAUUACCAUUCCGAAACUGUUACCAAAGUUCCCAAAACCGGAUUAGGUUCUUCUGCUGGCUUAGUUACUGUUUUAACUACCGCCUUGGUUUCAUGCUUUAUUGAGCAAUUCCAAUUAGAACCUUUUUUGAAAAUUAUUCAUAAUUUAUCCCAGGUAUCUCAUUGUCAAGCGCAAGGUAAGGUGGGUAGUGGAUUUGAUGUUGCUGCUGCCACAUUUGGUUCUAUUAUUUACAGAAGGUUUCAGCCAGAACUUAUCAAUGAUUUACCAAAGUAUGAUUCAUUAGAAUAUAAAAGAAAAUUGCAAAAAUUAAUCGACAGCAAAUAUUGGGGCUAUAAAAGUGAAAAUGUCAAGUUACCUAAAGGAUUAAGGUUGAUAAUGGGUGAUGUAAAUAAUGGUUCUGAAACUGUGAAGUUAGUUUCUCGAGUUAAGCAAUGGUAUAACAAAAAUUUGCCAGAGAGUUUGGAGAUUUAUACCAAAAUAAACGAGGGUAAUAUGGCGUUUAUUAAGAGUUUGGAAGAUUUGAAUGAAUUGGCUGCAAUAAAUCCAGACAAAUAUGAUAAAAUCCUUGCUGCAUUGGACAAUAAAGAGGCUAUUACUUCCCUUGAUAGUUCUUUACUAUCCGUACAAAAAGCAGUCAACCAAAUACGUUCAAACUUCAAGUACAUAACAAAAAAAAGCGGUGCUGAUAUAGAACCAGAUGUCCAAACUACAUUGUUGGAUAAUUCCAUUGCUUUAAACGGUGUUUUAACGGGGUUGGUUCCAGGGGCUGGGGGUUACGAUGCUAUUGCGUUAAUAACUACUGAAAAGUGUGAUAUUCAAGAAGAAACCAAAAAUAACAAAAAAUUUGAAAGAGUUUCAUGGUUAGAUUUACACCAAGAAGAUUAUGGUAUUGUUGAAGAGUGUCCUACUCACUAUAUAAAUUUUAACUAA